AUGGCAGACCCUACUUUACACUUACCACGCAUUCUCUGUCUCCACGGCGGUGGUGUCACGGCCGAGGUAUUCCGUCUCCAGAGCCGCAGCCUCAUCAAGCAACUCCAGCGGCAUUUUCGACUCUGUUUCGUAGAUGGGCCGUUCCUGUCCGAUCCAGGACCGGGCAUGAUCCCAACGUUUCAAAACUAUGCGCCUUUCCGUCGCUGGCUGUGCUGGAAACCCGAUCACCACCCCAACGACGCGGAAGAGAUCAUCAACGAGAUCGACCGAGCCCUCCAAGCCGCGAUGGCAGCCGACGACGCAAAAGGCGCUACAGGCGAAUGGGCCGGCCUUAUGGGUUUCAGCCAAGGGGGCAAAAUCUGCGCCAGUCUGCUCUAUCGCCAGCAGAUCCGAGCAGAGAAGUUAGGCACCGCGCGCUCAGGGUCCCGGUUUCGUUUUGCAGUCCUGCUGGCGGCUCGUCCGCCCCUUGUCUCGCUGGAUACCGAGCUACUUACCUCGUCUGCUCUGGCGGAGGCAUCCGAGAUCACUACCGGCACGUUUCAGAACUACCAAGUGCCCGAGCGCCAGAUCAGUCUGCCAACUGUGCAUGUCCAUGGUCUACGGGAUCCGGGCCUGCCACUACACAGGAAGCUACUUCAAUGGUGCGAAAGGGGGACAGCUCGCGUAGUAGAAUGGGAUGGCGACCACCGCGUGCCCGUGCGCGAGAAGGAUGUGGCGCUCGUUGUAGACCAGAUUCUGCUCGUGGCGAAGCAGACGGGAACACUAUGUUGA